AUGACGAUGCAAGUUCGUGUAGGAGAUCUCUAUUGGAAGCAAGAUGGAGUAUAUGGAUGGAUUCUGGGUCAAGUCACAGCGUUUGAUCCUGUACGACAAAGUGCUACAUUCGUACAUGUGAAUGAAACCACUGGAGCACGUCUAUGCCGUUCUGAAUUAAAUGAAAACGAACACAUUGAGCUUCAUGUCGAGUUGCAAGAGACGUCACUAUUGGGUGCCAAUCCAUUGUUCAGUACAGCCGAUGACAUGACUUCACUUCGAUAUUUGCACGAAGCUGCUUUAGCUAAAAAUUUACAAGACCGUGCAACAGUCGAAAAUCAGCGUCCGUACACUUUUAUGGCAAAUGUACUGAUUGCAGUGAAUCCAUUACGUCCAUUGUCCGAUCCCGAGAAAAUGGAUUUUAUCGGACAAUCUCUUGAUCACUGUCCACCUCAUCCAUACAAUGUUGCUGAAAAUGCUUAUCGUCAACUCUGUGCUGUACGUGCAGUGAUGCAAAAUCAAAGCAUUAUCAUUAGUGGUGAAAGUGGUUCUGGUAAGACGGAGACUUCGAAAAUGAUUCUCGACUUUCUUACAAUGCGUGCAGUCCACAAUCCUGCACUCUCAACAAGUUCAUGUACGUCCAAUUCAGACGAUGAGCUUGAUUUCGAAGUCGCACCUCCUCCAAAUUCACUCACAAUGGCUUUAUCGUUUCCACAAUCAAUUGGAAAACGAAAGUUAUCUCCAGUAGCUAUUGGAGAGCGAUUAAUGGAGACAAUUCCAAUUCUCGAGUCAUUUGGAAAUGCCAAGACCCAUCGAAAUCAUAAUUCCAGUCGAUUUGGAAAAUACAUGCGCUUACAAUUCGCAAGUGAUACGCAUGAACUCACUGGUGCAAGUAUUGAUACAUAUUUACUUGAAAAGAGUCGAUUAGUGUUUCAACCUCAAGGUGAACGAAAUUUUCAUAUUUUCUAUGAACUUUUACAUGCUGAUGAUCUCGAGACAUUGGAAUCCUGUUUUCAUUUGAAACCUCAGAAACCAGAGUGUUACGCGUACUUGAAUCAAUCGGGAUGUUUUCACUCUGAGUCACUAGAUGAUGCGACGAACUUUCGAAAUCUCAAGAAAGCUUUGGACUUUAUUGGCAUUCGUGAGAGAGCACAGUAUGAGAUUUUUCGACUUGUGGCUGGGUUACUUCAUAUGGGUAAUAUACAAAUUAGUCAAGAGGAUACGGACGAGGGAGAAACAGCGUGUAUUCGUUCCGAUGAUCUCGAGUCGCAAUCUGCAGUACGGCAUGCUUCGGAAUUAUUAGGAGUCUCAAUUGAUCAACUCAUUGAGUGUAUUCUUCACAAACGUAUUAUGACUCGUGGAUCACGUCGCAAUUCCAUUUACUUUAUCAAACGAGAUGUUCGAAAUGCCGUGUAUUCUCGUGAUACGAUUGCAAAAACCAUAUAUGAGAAUACGUUUACAUGGCUGAUGGGGGAAUGUGCUGCAGCCUUGGAUUAUGAUUCGUUUCGAAGUGAUGUGGUGCCAUAUAUUGGUGUGCUCGAUAUCUUUGGAUUUGAAGAUUUUGAACCAAAAAAUCGCAAUUCGUUUGAACAAUUGUUGAUUAAUUAUGCGAACGAAACGCUUCAAAGUCUAUUUAAUUCAUGUAUUUUCGAAGCAGAACAAGAAUUGUACAAGAGUGAACACAUUUAUCACCCGACAAACCAUUCACUAUCAUUUCCAUUCUCUUUUGCUGGUGACAUCACUCCAAAGACGAAUCUUGACAAUGACAUUGACUUUCUUACCGAACAAGUAACGCCCAGUGGUAAUGUUGUCGCAUAUUCAGAUAAUCGCGAGUGCUUGAAUCUCAUUGCUAGUCGUCAUGGUGGUCUCUUUGCAACAAUUGACAAUGUUUCUCGUUUGCCAAUGCCUUCGGAUCGAAAAUUAAAUGAACGGCUGCAUACACUUUUUAAACGUCAUCCAUGUUUUCCAACGCCUCAUCCAAAGGAUCAACGUGAUACGUUUCUCAUUCGCCACUACGCUGGCACAGUCUCCUACACAAUCAAUUCAUUCGUGGACAAGAACAACAAUAUCAUUUCGGAACAGUUUGAAGAAUUGUUGAAGAAUUCAACGUCACGUGUAUUACAAGAUUUACAUGGCAAUUCUCGCACUUCGAAUCGCGUACGAUCUGAAUCGAUGGUAUCAACCAAAUCUGCUGAUCAAUCACCUCUUGGUGGUGGAGCUGCAUCUUCCAAACGUUUAAAAGGUGGAAGCACUUCCAACUUAUUUUCGACACAAAUGAAAGGAUUAACGACGGAACUUGAAGGAACGAGCUGCAAUUUUGUACGCUGUAUCAAGCCAAAUACCCAGAUGCAACCUGGUCUGUUCGAUCGAUCGUUUGUUGUCGAACAAUUGCGUUGUUCGGGUACAGUCCAAGCGUGCGAGGUUUUACGUGUCGGACUCCCAACGCGCAUUCUGUACGCAGAAGUAGUGGACGUAUAUCGCACUUUUGUACCAUACAAUGUUUUCUGUCGCUUUAAUUCAAACGACAAGCUAUUUACACAAGCGAUUUUAUGGGUUUAUGACUUCCCAACAAGUGCAUUUCGGUUAGGAGACACACGCUUAUUCUUUCGAACAGGAAAGAUUGAUCUUCUUGACAAAUUAUUGACUCCAGCUCGCGAUACAACCGCAAAUCUUGGUGACCAAUUAUUGUUGUACUUAAGGAAGAAACGCUGGAUUACUGCUGUCACAACAAUUAUCACGUACACUCACUUGAAACGUUUGUUUGAACAAGUUCGAUACCAACGUCGUGCAACAUUACUUCAAUGUUGGGUACGACAAUACUUGGCUCGAAAACGUGUACGCACAUUGCGCGUCCAACUUCGAAUGCAUGGCCUCUGGACUCAAUUCAUGCACAAAGCGCAGAUUCUACACGCUUAUCAAGAUCGUCCUGAAGACAAAAUGGUGCUACUUACUAAACUCUUGACAAAAACGUAUUUGCCACCUCCUCAGCGUUGGCUUUUAAAGUGGCUUGGCCCACUUCAGCGUGUCCUGUACUUGCAAAAGCGCUGGAACAAGAUCAAAGCACAAUAUUUAGCGAAACGUGGCUUCUUGUGGCUUUAUCAAAGUGUAAGACAGCACCGAAGCGCUUUGUUACUUCAAUCAAGUGUGCGUGUUAUGCUUGCUCGCUCACGUUUCCUAAAAUUAAAACACAAAGCUCUUGCUCGUCGUCGAUGGCAUCUUGGGUUUCUAAAAGUCCAAGUCGUGAAUGUUUUCUAUCGUGAAUACCAUCGAAUUCAUGUCAAACGAUUAGAAAUAGACAAUAAGACAUUAAUCACUACAAUGGCAACGGUGACGAGAAAGCUUGGGGAAGCACAAGAUGAAGCCAAGACGGCAAAAUUGCAGCUGAAAGCCUUGCAAGUGUCGUUUGAUACGGUGCAGACACAAGCUAAAGUCCAGCAACAACGUGUUGAAGAGUUAGAACUUGCGUUACAAGCGAAACGACAUGAAGUGGCUGAAUUACAGCGACAGAGAGCAGGAGGCACGUUUGUUGAACGGGUGGUUCGAUUCUUUACGUGCAGUGCUGCGAUCUCACCACCAGCUUCGCCUCGUGAAAUGCUCAUACCAUCUCGUUUGACUUUAUUACGUCGUCAGACGCAAUCAGCGGCUGAAGAAACGUUUGAUCAUGGAGAACGGAUUGUUUGGGCAACCCCAUUAAGUGACACACUUGUGAUUCCACAGGAUGAAGGAUCAAUAAAACGACCGAGUCGUGUCAAUACAGGAACUGAAGAACCGAUUAUGGACCCAGAAGCACAAGACUUUCGAUCGAAAGAUGCUGAUUUGUUAAGUACAGAGAAUGGAGUUGCGCGUACAUCUUAUUGA